GGUCCCAACCCCCAAUCGAGUGUUUACAAAAAUUAACAUUUUUCUGAUAAGCAAGUAGCACACGCUGGAGACAGAUAUAACGAAAUGCUAUAAACGCUUGGCAGGCACGUUUACUGAGCGCCCACCCACGUAGCUAGAAUAUUCCAUUCGCUUUGCUUGGAUUCACAGGCAUACACAAAAAGUUUCGAUUCGCAACAGCAGGAGGACGGCCCUACUGGCCUCGUAAUAGUAAUCAGAAUGUUUGCGACGCUGAAAAACCGAAUCAAGGAGGAGACCGGCGAAGAUGUGUCUACGUCGGCAUCUCAGCCGCAGCAGCAGCGCUAUGCUAACAACAAUAAUUAUCGGCUACGGAGUCGCCGAGUUAGCAUUAAUUCCAACUCGGCUGAUGAUGUGGGCGGUGGCAUGAUCUACAACGAGUCUGAACAACUGUGCCAGUUGCGGAGUCAGUGCAAUGAGCUCACCACCAAAGUGUCCAGUCUCAGCCAGAGCCUGCUGCAGCUGCAGGAGGAAAAGUUACGCGUGGACAAGACCAACGAGAUCCUAUUGGAGAGCGUGAAGGUGGCUCAAAUGCAGAAGGAUAUGUACUGCGAGGAGCAGGAGAAGAUUCAAAAUCUACAGCAAGUGGAGAUAGACAAGCUGAAAAAUCUGCUCAGCUUCCGCGAGCAGGAAGCCGUGGAUCGAAUGGGCUCGAUGCGUCAGCAUAGUCAGCAAAUUGAGAAUCUGGCCGAGGAGCUGGAACGCCUGCGACCGAUUGAAUCAGUUGCCGAAGACUUGCGCGACGAGCUGCAGCGCCUGCGACAUGCGACGCAGCAGGAAAAGAAUCUUCUGACCACCACGCUGGCGACUGUGCAGGAGGAGAACAGGAAUCUAAAGCUGCGCAUGAAUAUAGUAGAGGAGUCUCGACUGGAAUCCCUCACCAAGCUCAGUCCAGAGCAGCAGGUGCAGGCGCUCAUACGAGAGCACAAACUGCUCGAGCAGCAUCUGGAGGAAGCCCACCUGCAGCUGUCCGAUAUCAAGGGUUCCUGGAGUGGGCAAAACUUGGCGCUGGAAACGCAAGUUAGUCGACUAUCAAAGCAGGUGGCAGAGGAAACGACUGAGAAGCGUAAGGCGCUCAAGGCACGGGAUGAUGCCAUAGAGACACGCAAGCAAGUGGCAUUUGAGCUGGAGAAAGCCAUCGAUGAAGUAAAACAACGAGACGAUAAGGUUAGGCUACUGGAGGAGGAGAUCGAUGAGCUGAAUCUGGCUCUAAAGGAAUGUAGAGAGGAGAACGAGCAGCAAAUCAUCUUUGAGCGAAACAAAUCUCAAACUCUGGAAGCAGAGGUUAAAGAUCUCAAGACACGUCUCGGGGCGGCCGACGACAGAUUUGGCGAGUAUGCCAGCAAUGCCGAGCAGGUGGCAAGGAAGCUGCGAACCCAACUGAGCGAAAAGCAAGACCAACUCGAGGAGACCCUGAUCCAAUUGGAAGUCGAACGCGAGGAGAAAAUGACUUCAAUACUUCGAAAUGCGGAGAUCUCUCAAAGCGAAGACAUACUACGGCAGCAGCUGCGCCUCGAGCGUAGCGAAGCGGUCGACUUGCAGGAUAGAAAUAAGCAGCUUGAAAAUGACAUGUGCGAGUCCCGGAAAGCCCUGCAGCAGGUCAGCAGUGCGGCACAGGAAAAUAUACAGAAGCUAGCAGAAUAUGAACAGGUGCAGCUGGAGAUCAUGGAGAAAAAUAAGACAAUAAAGACGCUGAACCAGCGUUUGGUAGACCUGAAAAAGACCCUGCAAAAGGAAUUCCGUAGUUCGCAAAUCUCCUCAGAGAGUGAUUCCCAUCAUCAAGUGAUCACUCCCUAUAGGAACCACACAACAGCGCUCGAGUCGCUCGCAGGCGGUGACAAAGCCAACUGCAUCAUAAUGGACGAGGUCAAUUUCCAAUAUCUAAAGCAUGUCAUUGUGAAGUUCUUAACAAGUCGAGAGGUCGAAGCCCGUCACCUCAUCCGUGCCGUUUCCACAUUACUGCAGCUGACAUCUGAGGAGGAGAAACUGUUGCACGACACAUUAAACUGGAAAAUGAGUUGGUUUGGCAUGAAACCUGCUUAAAACACCUACCCAGAACCCAUUGCCCCUCGCAAUAUUUCACAUUUCUACUUGUGUCCUAGUCUGUAGUCAAAUUCAUAUUGUUCAUGCAUAUGUACAAAUUGCAUACGCCGCACCCACACUGUGUUAUUUUGUUCCGUCAACAAGCAUUCCUUUUUGUUAUAUAGUAUUAUUCAUUUCUACCGUUGUGAUUUUUAUAAAUAAAAAACUUUUGUGUAAAC